AUGCAAAGUGUUGAUUGGACUAAACUUUCUCCUCUUUCGGACGACGAAAUUGCCAUCCACUUGGCAAAAAUUGAUGCAAAAAUCACAAGCUCAUCAGAACCACUUUCCCUGAUAGCCCAAGUGCCGUUUGCGGAGCUUUUUUCGGAGUUACUCUCUGGAAGGUCUUCAAGUGCAACCAGAGCCAUUCAUUCUUUACUGUUCAGUAUUUUUUCUCUUAUCGAUACGGAAGCCUUUAUCACUGAUCACAAGACCUUCAAUUCGGGCGAUUUUCUGCCCUAUCUGCUAUCAGAAGAUAACAAGUUCCUCACUUAUGCGUAUCUUUCAACGUAUGCGUUUAAAUGGGUAACAUUUAGGCUUCAAGAUGUCAGUGUUUUAUUGAGAUAUUUGGAGGUGUCCCUUGAGCUUUCUUCGGCUAAAUAUUCGAUUUUCGUUACAGGACAGCUGCAAUUUUCGGCACUGCUUAGUAAUGCCAUCGUAUUGGCAAAUGAAGACAUCUUACUUUCUCUAAAUAUCAUCGAGCUUUGCACGCAGAGUUCAGCUGUCAUUGCUUUUGCCCCAUUGCUUGGGUUGGAAAUUACCAAAACCCUUGCCAACGAUUUCAUUGAAUUUCUGCUGGAUUACCACGGCAGGCAGCUUGCUGUCCAAAUUGCUUGCCUAAAUGCUAUGAUUCUGGUUUUAAAAUCCACAUAUCCGCUCAAUGACACCAUAUGCAUUCGAAUGUUGAAGGCCGUUUUCCCAAGGUGCUCCCAUCCUGAUUUGGAGGAUGCAGCCUAUAAAGUGAUAGCACUGCUCCUUUCCAACCCUGUUGCUUUAAAGGUAUUUUAUGGGAUGUCAAAAUCUAGGCAUCAAUUGGCGAAGGCUACUGGGUUACCCUCUUGA